AUGGCAGCCCCACCUAGCUCUCCCGUAGUCCUCAUUACAGGCUCCUCACAUGGCGGAAUCGGCUACUCACUUUGCGAAACAUUUGCCGCCAAGGGAUGCAUAGUAUAUGCCUCUGCACGCCGCCUCGAAACUAUUUCCUCAUUCACCCAUCCACACAUUCGUCCCUUGAUCAUGGAUGUAACAUCCGAUGUCUCUGUCCAUAAGGCAGUUGAACAGAUUAUCGAGGAAGCCGGACGGGUGGAUAUUGUCGUUGCCAACGCUGGCGUCCCUUGCCAUGGCCCGAUCCUGGAUAUCUCUAUCGACGAUGCACAAAAGGCGCUAAAUACCAACGUUCUUGGAGUACUACGACUCGCACAGGCGGUAUUUCCCUACAUGGCCUCACGAAAGAGAGGCACAUUUAUAACCAUCGGCUCCGUUAUGGGAUAUAAUGCAUCCCCGUGGGCGGGAAUGUACGCAGCUACCAAGGCAGCCGCACAUGCUAUCACCGAGACGUUGCAGAUGGAAGCAAAAGCAUUGAGCCCAGAUAUCAGAGUUAUGCUCGUUGUCACGGGAGGAGUCAAAUCAAAUAUAGCAAACAACUCUACGUUCGUUCUCCCUUCAACAUCCCUUUUUCAGAACUAUCUCCCAAACAUUAUCACCCGCAUUCAAUCAUCUCAAACAGGGCCCAGUAUGCCUACUGCCGAGUAUGCUAAAGGUUCGUCGUAUGGACCGAUCUAA